AAUUUUAAAUUGAAUUUGGUCUGCACUCUCUUCUCACCGACGGCGAUGAGCCUUCACCGUCCUCCCUGACUCUGCCGUUGCUCUCGCUGCUCUCUCACCUUCGCGUCGUCGGCCACUCAACCUCUCCUUGAUAGUAGGUUCUCAAUCGCGCGCAUCUACCUGACUUUUCAUCAUCUCUCUCGAUAGAUCAGCGGCUCAGGGUAUUCUUGUAAGCAGUGGCUAAUUGAGAAGGGCAAAUGUAUAUGCAAAUAGACCUAUAGAAAGGUGGGAUGAUAUUGUUAUGUUGUGUGGGACAGAUAGAGCAACCGGUGAAGGUGCUGAAACAUUUGAAGAUGCUGAUGAAGCAAUGGUGGGAGAGGAUGAAAAUGAUGUAGAGUACUUAAUACCACCUGCUGCCCCACCAACACAGCCUUCCACAUCAUCUACAAUUGAGUCCCAUCAAAAGAAACGGAGGAAAGAUCCAUUGGUUGCUAUUGUUGUUGACAUUGCUUCAUCACUCAAGGAGUACAUGAACUUGAAAAAGAAACCAAGUGGUCAAGAGAUAUAUGAAGUGGUAUCAACAAUUUUGGGUCUUUCUCAACAAGAAAUAUUCAAGGCAGUCCAAUUGUUAUUAAAUGGUGAUCCUGAGCAAUUUUAUUUGCUAAAAUCACUUCCUGAUGACAAGAAAUAUGAUUGGUUGGCUUUCCUUUUAAGUUCAGAUUACGCUGACCUUCUUUCUCCUCCUGCUUGGCAUCAUACUCAUCCUCAUCAGCUGCUAGGCUCUUUGCAGGUUGGUGAACCUAGUUUGGGUUCUUCACGGAACGCUUUUGUUGGGUUCACAGAACCCAGUUCCUGGGUUAGUGGAACCCAGAUCUGGGUUCCGCGAAGAACCCAGUUGCUGGGUUCGCGAAACCCAGAUCUGGGUUCCGCGAGGAACCCAGUUGCUAGGACACCUGGAAAGAUUGGAACAGCUUACCUUCAGGCACCUGGGUUCUUUUCUUUUCUUUACCUUCAGGCGAACCCAGGAGCUGGGUUCGUCCUGAACCUAGGCAUCUGGGUUCAUCGCAAACCCGCGAGCUGGGUUCCUCGCGAACCUAACCUAGGUUCGCCUGGAGGUUCCGGAUCUCUUACUUCACCUUUCGUAAAGGUUUCUGCCACUCUAUCUAGCUUCUCUAGCAGAGCAAUUUAAGUGCCAGUUGAAGCUGGUUUCCUACUGCUCUCAGCCAUAUCUACUUCUCUUGGAAUUUGCUCGUCAGACACUUCAUUAGCUGUUUUCUCUGUGCUGCUCUGCUCUUGUGAUAGUGCUACACUUGAUUCCUAAUAUAAGAUAGAAACAUGA